AUGUCCCUCCUCCGCCCAUCUUGCGCCACCCUUGCACGCCGACUGUGGUCAUUGGCCGAUUAUGGCGUGGACAACCUGGGCAAGCAAUACACACACGUGAGCCGAGAGACGGCUCUGAAAGGACUGGAAUGGCUACGCGAGGUAUACCCUAUCGACGAGGCGCGAGCGGCCGAAGAGUGGGCUGAGAAGGAAGCAAACCGCAUACAAUACGAGCUGUGGUUAGCAGACCCAGAGACAGAGUCCAAGUACAAGGACCCCGCGCGAGCCUUCAAGGAGCAAAUGCAGAAGGAAGAGGAAGAGCGACAGCAACAAGAACGAGACGAGCGGAAGAUUGGCAUACUACACGCCGGCAAGUCGCAGUUCGAGCGCAACAUCGAAGAGAAGCGCAAACAGCGAUUGGAGGAGAUCACGCGCGUGGCUGAGGAGAAGGAGGAGAAGGAGCGCGAAAUGGAAGAGAAGCUUGCGACCGGCGAAUGGGUGAAAACACCCACGGGAAAACAGCUCAUGAAGCCAGGCCAAUCCACAUAUGUCGACGUCUUUGGGCGGGAAAUGAAAUCGCUUUCGGGAUUCGCCUCUGAGGAGGAGAUGCUGUCAAAGACCACCUUGGGUAACUAUGUCCUUCCUAUCCAUCCCGACUUCGAUACUAACACCACCCAGGCCCAACGACUCUACCCAAUGACCGCCUUCGUCCUCUUCACCGUCAUCCUCAGCUACGGCUUCGCGCACUACUACCUCCCCCCAUCGCCCUCGUACCGCCUCUUCCCCGACGUCUCCCCCUCAAUCGCCACACUCGGCGCCCUGCUCGUCAUCAACGGUGCCGUCGCGAUAGCGUGGCGCAUCAUGCCUCUCUGGCCGCUUAUGAUCCGCUACUUCAUGCACGUUCCCGGAUACCCGCGCGCCGUCCAGUCCGUCCUAAACGUCUUCAGCCACGUCCAGUACGAGCACUUGCUUGCCAACAUGAUGACGCUGUGUAUUCUUGCGCCCGCAUGCCACGACCUCGUCGGCAGGGGGACCUUCCUCGGCACAUACAUCUCCGCAGGCGCGGUCGGUACGCUGGCAAGCUUGUACUGGGCGAAUCUCGGCAGGGGGGUCAUUUCGGCGCAUUCUGUGGGCGCGAGUGCGGCUAUUUGGGGCAUUGCGUCGCUGUUCCUACUGUUGACGGACAAGGAGAAGAUUAAAGUCCCGUUCCUAAAGGAUGUGGAGUUCUCGUUUUGGCCCAAGAUGUUAACGCUGAUGGAUCAUGCGAGUCAUUUUGGAGGCAUGGCGGUGGGCAUUGCUGUUGCGGGGUAUUUGCGCGCCACGGGCUUUCAUGAGAAGAGGCUUGGGGCGGAGGCGGGAGUGCAGGAGAGAGCGGGCGUAGAUGACAAGACUGUGGAUGCAGGUGCUAUGGCGAAAGAGGGCUUGAAAGAGGUCAAGGAUAGCUUGACCAAGAGCUCGAAGUAA